UCACAUUUUCACGUAGCAACAAGCAAGUACUGCAGGCCUACCUCAAUCUAGGCGGCGUCCGUCAGUUUUCCAGUUUCUUUCUGCAGAACCCAGCGGAACUGUAGCAGUAGCGCCCUGUACCCGGGGAACUUGAAUCUGUUGCACCAGUAGGUGAAACACACCUGUCUUGAGGGGAUUUCACUUGUAAUUCUAGGAUUAUGCUAUUACCGCUACUUCUUCGUGGGUGCACUGCAAAGCACUAUAUACAGCAAGUGCUUUCUAUCACUCGGUUAUGCACUGAUUGCUCCAACAUCAGAGGACUAGCCACAUCCAGCGGCCAGCUCUUCUUCAGGAGAACCCCACAGCGAUUCCUCAACCAGUCACGAGGAGCUAAAACUCACAAGAGGAAACAUCAGAGCCAGGAAGAUGACUGGAAGAAAAGGAACAAGACCAUCCUGACAUACAUCGCGGCCGCUGGAGUGGGAAUGAUUGGCAUGUCAUAUGCUGCUGUUCCGCUCUACAGACUGUACUGUCAGGCAACAGGGCUGGGAGGGGCAGCAGUAGCUGGACAUGACACAGAGCAAGUGGAGACAAUGAAGCCUAUUAGGGAGCGUGUUAUUAAAGUGACCUUCAAUGCAGACACGCACGCCAGCAUGCAAUGGAACUUCCGUCCGCAGCAGUCAGAGAUUUACGUCGUACCAGGAGAAACUGCACUGGCUUUUUAUAAGGCGCGGAACCCCACAGACAAACCGGUGAUAGGCAUUUCAACCUACAAUGUUGUACCUUUUGAUGCUGGACAAUAUUUUAAUAAGAUACAGUGUUUCUGUUUCGAGGAACAGAGGUUAAACCCACACGAGGAGGUAGACAUGCCGGUAUUCUUCUACAUUGAUCCAGAGUUUGAUGAAGACCCCAGGAUGGCACGAGUAGACAAUAUUAUACUCUCAUACACCUUUUUUGAAGCCAAGGAAGGACAGCGGAUACCAAUCCCUGGUUAUAGCUAAUUGUGCAUUAUUCAGAGACUUUUAAUCAGAAUUAUCUUCAGGUGAUUGUGUUCUGUAAUCAUUUUGAUAAUGAUUACUGCAUGUGAUAAUGUAUGAUGUCUGAAUAGCCUGAAUCAAAUGAUUAUACAAAUUUUUUUAUCAGUGAUCAAGGCUGAUCAUCUGCCUGUGAAUGUUAUGAUUAAAACAAUAAAAUAUAAGUUAUUAUUUUUAUACACCUUCA